UUUAAUACUGAGAGAAGACUGGAGGGUCUGCUCAGAGAGAAGACAGCUGAUCUGUUGGUCUCUGUUGUGCACUAGGCAAGGAACUGAGACGACUGCGUGUUCUUCCUUAAUGCUUGUGUUGUGUUGUUGCUAAUCUUUCUUUCCCUAAAGCUGAUGCCUGUGGGAGACAGCUGAGAAGACAGGAUCAUCAGGUUUAAAGGAAAAUAAAUGCCUGCUAAAAUGGCACUGGCCAGUUCAAUUUCUGGCAAAGCAGCACCACCACACUCCAGAAAAGUUUCUACAGCAGGGGUGGAAGUGCACCAGAGCAAGAUGGAUUUUUUCUGCAAGCUGGGCUAUGGUAAGCAGGACAUCUGCAAAGUGCUGGAGAACCUGGGCCAAGAGGCCCUGGAGGAUGAUGUGCUGAAAGAGCUAAUUCGGAUGGGGAGCAAACCUCAGGCUCUGGAGGACCAGUCUCAGCCUUCCCAGCUGAAGUUGGUGGCCCGUGGAUCGUGUGGCGCCACACCGGGGCUGCAGUGGCCUGGAGAAGGUGGAAGUGAUCCUUCCGAUUCCUUGAGACCCAUCGUGAUUGACGGCAGCAAUGUCGCCAUGAGUCAUGGAAACAAGGAGGUGUUCUCCUGCUGGGGGAUCCAGCUGGCGGUGGAUUGGUUUCGAGAGAGGGGGCACACUUACAUCAAGGUUUUUGUCCCCCUCUGGAGAAAGGAACCCCCUCGACAAGAGAGCCCCAUUGCAGAUCAGCACAUUCUUGAGGAGCUUGAAAAGCAAUCUGUCCUGGUCUACACCCCCUCCCGGAAGGUGAAAGGCAAGAGGGUGGUUUGCUACGAUGAUCGCUACAUAGUGAAAGUUGCUUACGAGCACGAUGGAGUCAUUGUUUCCAAUGACCACUACCGGGAUCUCCAAAAUGAAAACCCCGAGUGGAAAUGGUUCAUCGAGCAGAGACUGCUCAUGUACUCCUUUGUCAGUAACAGGUUUAUGCCUCCCGAUGAUCCAUUAGGCCGGCACGGACCCACCUUAAGUAACUUCCUCAGUAAAAAGCCAGUGCUUCCUGAAAAAAAAUGGCAGCCUUGCCCUUAUGGUAAAAAAUGCACCUAUGGCAAUAAAUGCAAGUUUUACCACGCAGAGAGACAACAUCAAGCUCAGCUUUCAGUUGCUGAUGAGCUCAGGGCCAAAACGAAGGCCCCGUUAGCGCCGGGGAAGGAGGAGCAGAGGUGUCAGUGCUCACCUUACGCAGCCAGAGGGGAGCCUGCACCCGGCCAUGCCUGCACGGAAACUCUGCGGGAAGCCCGAGGCCGCUCGGGGCCCUCCUGCUACCCGGGCAGCUCCCGGGAGAGCUGUUCCGAGCAGACAUUCCGAGCCUGGGCCAGCGGGCCUGGCUCUGACCUGCGGCUGGACCGGUGCUUGCCCCAGCCAGACGCGCUCUUGGAGGAGAUGUCAGCGCUGGCCAUCGGUGACCGCACCUGCGGCUGGUCCUUGUGCCCCUCUCAGGACAGGGGGCUCAUGGACAGCCCUCAGCCCUGCGCUGGCCUCAGGCACAGACUGCUCUCACGUCACCCGCCUCAGAGCCUGGACCGCACCAGCUCGCCCAGGUGCCCCUUCCAGCCUGGAGCGCUCCCACCUGGGCAGGGCGGGAUGUGCCCAGAGCAGAGCUGGGCUCAGGAGCGCCGCGGUGAGCAGGGAUCGGGUGCCAGGAGCCACUCCAUCCCUCGGGGUGUUCAGCACAGACACACCCUGCAGACCCAGCAGCCUGCGCUGCUGCAGCCCACAGCUCUGUCCCCUGGCAGCCUUCCCCUGUACGGUGAGCAGCGGCAGCAGCAGCAGCAGCGCUGUUUCCCCAGCCAGCCCUCAGGACAGCCCCUGCAGCUGCAUGCCAGCAAUGGAAGGGGCUCAUUUCAGAAAGCCCCUGCUUACCCCAGUGCCUCUUACACGGACUACUGGCCCAUCCCAGCCGCAAGGCCACCCUCUGCCCGGCAGCUAAACAUUCCCAGGGAGCUGAGCUCCCCUUAUCCUUACAGUGUGAUGAGCCAGGCCACGGCUUUGUACCCCAGCACUCAGGAUAAGGGCACUGGAGCACCUCCCCUAUGAAGACAGGACAGGGAAGUUGGGGCUGCUCAGCCUGGAGAAGAGAAGGUUGCAUGGAAACCUCAGAGAAACCUUCCAGUAUCUGAAGGGGGCCUACAAGGAAGCAGGAGAGACACAGUUAAUCAGGAAUUCCAGUGAUAGGACACGGGAGAAUGGCUUCAAACUGAGAGGGGGUAAGUUUAGAUUAGAUUUUAGGAUGAAAUUCUUAAUUGUGUGGGUGGUGAGGCACUAGAAGAGCUUGCUCAGAGAAGUUGUGGAAGCUCUAUCCCUGAAAGUGUUUAAGGCCAGGAUCAGUGGGGCUCUGAGCAAUCUGGUCUAGUGAAAGGUGUCCCUGUCCAUGGCAGCAGAAGUGUUGGAACCGGAUGAUUUUUUAGGUCCCUUCCAGCUCAAACAAUUCUGUGAUUCUGUGAUGUUGCCUGCUGGACUUCAGUGAUUGAUAGAUAGAAACUUGUGAAACCUCCAGAAACCUCCAGAGCAAACCAUUCCCAAUAAGCACAAGUCCUAGGGCAAGAAGAUGCUAUCCUGAGGCUUAACAAAGUGCUUUUAGAGGGCGUUAGAGCAAGGAUUAGAGCUGCUCCAGGAAUACAAGUAUAAGCAUCAAGUCAAGGCAAAGGCUGUCAUCCACGGCAGGGGGAUUGCCUUCCAUCUCCCCUGAAAGGGAACAGGAGGGCUCAGGGUUACUGGGCUGCCAGCAUUUGAACCUCACUGGGGACUGGAUUCAGGAUGGCACAGAUUUUCAUUAAUGCCCUGAAACACUAGACACGUUUUUAGUCCCAACCUAUUUUUCAGCUUCCCUAAAAGAACCCAGUCAAGGCUCUCCCAUGCCCUGCCUGUCACUCCUUGCUCAGCCAGCACAGAAGAGGGUUUGGCCUGUUCCCCCAGCACAGGGCUGUGCUCUCUGCUGGGAGGCAGCUUUGGCUCCCCGUCACUACCUGCUUCAAGCCCAACCUGCUGUCAGUGACCCUCCAAAGCUGCAUCUCAGGCUUCUAAAGCAGUGCUGAGAACACACAGGACCGCUGGCAGCGGGGUGGAGACGCAUCAGAGCACCUGAAGGAAGACACAGGCACAUUUCUCAGAAAAGAAACACACACAGCAUAAAUCAGAUCAGGGAAGUCAUCUUCAAUGUAAGUCCUGGUGUGGACUGAGGGCUCAGGGUUGGUAAUUAAAAAAAUCCAAAAAUCCAGAUGAUACUAAGGAGAACAAACAAACAAAAAAACCAAACAAAAAACUCUAACAAACCCACCAAAACUUGAAAGUGUCUCCUGUAUUGAUCAAGAAAUCUAGUAUUGACUUAAUCCUUAAUUACCAAAUGUGGCCCCAAUAAUGCAAUUAUACAGUGAACUAUGUCCUGUUAGGACAUGUUUGAUUUCAGUAAGCUGUAAAGCUGCUAAUCUCUGCAUUAUUCCACUGAAUGCUUCAGGUUAUAAUUCAAAGAGUAAGGUUGAUCCUGAAGGUUUUUGGCAUUAUACCAAAGUUUAAGUAUGUCAGUAUGACAUGGUUUAAAAGUGCUUUAACAUAGUAUAAAAUGUUCAUCUAUAACACUUUGUUCUCAAUAAUGUCUUCUUUAUUUUCUGGGUUUUACUUAGGUGGUGGUGGUGGUUUUUUUGGUGUUUUUGUUUUUGUUUUUGUUUUUGUUUUUGUUUUUGUUUUUGGUUUGGUUUGGUUUUGUUGUUGUUGUUAUUUUGUUUAGGUUUUGGUUUUGUCUGCUUUUUUCACCCAGUCCUCUUAGAAUUGAUGCUUCAACAUUCAGGUGGGAUUUUCAAGCUCUCUGAUCCUGCAGUAUCUCAUUUCUCUGAAGUGCAGUGUUGUGAGUUCCAGGCAGGAAUUAAACAUGGUCCUUGAUGAGAAGUUGGAAUUCUGUUGCUUUCACAAAGACGGCAGUAAUUUACCCUUAGUGACAUUAUCACACGAUGGAUUUUUUGAAAGCAAUGAUAGUUUGACCUGUUUCCCCUUUGGAAAUCACCACCACCAGCUUUUUUCUUUCUUUUUUUUUUUUUUUCCUUUGGUGAUGGUGUUUGAAGUAUCUGCAGAAAGUAAGUAUACUAUAUCUGUCUAAUUCCUUAUGCCUCUGUGGUUGGCUCCAAGGAACAGCAAUUUAGAUUUUGGAGGUGUGACUUACAUUCACAGAACAUGAAAGUUUUUUCUAUAUGUCCUAUGGGCUGAUGGAAUGGCUUAUAAAUUUGUAAACUACAUACUACAUAAGGUUAGAAGUUGUCUUAAAAAAAUAACUAUGGAAAAAAUUCUCCAUGAUAUGCCUCGAAAGAUACUGGAGACAAAGUGUGAUGCCGAGUGGAAAAAUACCUUCCACCCACUCAAACAAAGCAAGUGCCAAAUGGCAGCAUUCAGAAAACACACACAGAGCAAUGCAGCAGGAUGCAACUGUACAUGUCAACAUUAAUUCUCAUGUCUGGCAUGCACGUUACAGAUUUCAAUACACAAAGCAUUGAAAAAUCCGUAGCAGAAUUGGCACACUGCCUUUAUAUGGUGCCCACGGCUUGCUGGAGACAUACAGAAACUUUUCUCCUUUUCCUUUGAGGAUGCACAGGAAUCUGGUGGUUGCUCAAAACCCUGUUGGUCUUUAAUGAUUUUUUUUCUUUUAGUUUCUGUCAUAUUUACUGAGCAAUCUUUUUGUAAAAUACAUAGAAUGUGCACUCUGCUGAGAAAGUGUCUGAGAAAAUAAAUCAGACUUUGGUGCUAAACAGAACUUGAUUUCUCUUGGCUCUUGUGCUCACCAGAGGGUUUUUCCUCAUGGGGAUUUUGUUGGAAAGGCAGCUCAGCAGCAGCGCUGUGUCUCUGCCUGAGAGGAGCUCUGCUGCUGGCCAGGGGCCCACAGAAAACAGGGACUGUUUCUCUGUUCCACCACAGCACAAGGGGCUUGGGAGCUCCUGCUUUUGCACUUUCCAAAGCAGGGAUUCCUAUUUGCCUUUGUCAGCCCCUGGAGCAGGGGAAAGGGCUGCGAACAGAGAGAAGGCGGCAGCUCUUGGACAGAGGGCUAAGAGGCUCUUGCUAUUUGGUAUCUCUGCUGGGAUGCAUCUGAGGCCAGCUCUCGCUGCCAAGUUGCAAAUGAACCCAUAAAUCUUUACAGGCUCAGAAAGCCCUUGAUGUUCUUUGCUUUUUGGUUGUUAAGACUCUUGUAGAAGAAGCUGGAAGCACUGAGAACAAUCUUCCAGGAGAUGGGCUGCUUUCCCAAGGGAGAUUUACAGAGUUGCCAAGUUCAUUUUAAGAAGGAAAAAAAAGAAUAAAAGGAAAAAAAAAUUCUCUUCCUUUCUCUACACUCAGCCUUUCCCAAAAAGGCAGAAAGCCAGAGACUCCCUCCCUUGCAAGGGCCUAGGGAAACUAUGUACAAAUAAUUCACUGAAAAACCUUGGGUCACCCCUGCAACAGCUCCUCAGCAUAAGACGGGGGAAAGAGGGUGCUCUUUGAAGUCCUGGGCACCUCCCGGCACCUCCCUCCACCUCUUCUGAAAUACAGAAAUCUCUCCUUUGCAGAACAUGGAUAGCAAGCCUACUAAUAUGGUGAGCUGAGGUACUAUAAGAAUUAAUGCCAUAAAACAGUCUAUAAAGUAGAUAAUCUUGCUGGGUAUCAAACACUUGUAUUUGCCAGUUAUUCUGAGAAGUUCUGAUAAUAGUUCCCACAAGAGCUGGCACAAUUCACAAGCAAAUGUUCGAACUAAUCACAAAAACUAAAUAGAACAUGACUUCUCUCCACCUUAAAAAGAGUUCGACUGCUAGGGAAGAACAAGGCCUGUAGCUCACCAAGCAUGACAGACCUCUGCACUCACUCAUGUAUACACAAGACUGCUGUAGGAUCUAUCUCCCAUGCACUGAUGGGACUGGGAUGCUUUGAACUCUUGAGAAAGUUUAAUAUUACAGCACCAUUAGCAUUAUUAAGAAGGUGCUAUGACUCGAAAUUGAUAGCAAAGGGAUUUCUUUAUAGUAUUUUAGCCACAUCCCUUCUCCGCCCCCAGCUGGGCUCACUGCCUUGAAGUCUUGCAGCAGGCUCAGAGGGGCUCUUUAGUGAGAAGUGCUGCUGUGCUGGCUUGGCCAAUGCAACCCAAACAGACGUGUGAGUGGAGCAGGGCAGUGAGUGAACAGGGAUUUGUGGGGACAGCACAUGUGAGGCAGGGAGCCAGAGGGUCAGGACAAGGCAGCAGGGCUGGUGGGGCUUUGAGCGCAGUCAGGAAAUGGGAUGAUGUGCACGAAUGGUGGCACCGGGAUUGUUCACCCUCACCACACUGCCAGCUCCUCCUGAGCCACCAAACUGUUUCCUUGUCUUCCCCUUCUCCUCCCAUCCUUGUUGGGCUCAGGAUUUCCAUUGCACCUGCAAUUCCCUAGUUUGGGCAUUGAAGGGAAUUACUGAUGCUACUGGUUCUAUACAGAAGAAGACAAAUGGUCAUCAGCACAACUGAUGGCAGAAGAAAAACAAAAACUAGG